AUGAUGGUGGUGCCUGGAAAUGCCCCGGUCAUCCAGCAGGAUCAUGCUCUGGAGCCCGGCUUAGGACGAGACCCAACGGAGAACUCUGCCAUGGGCCCUGGCACGGAGCCGGCGUCCGAGGAGGUGGGCCCGGAGCUGGAGGAGGUGCGAAAGCUGCGGGAGCUGAUGAGGAGGCUGGAGAUGGAGAAUCAGCACCCAAGGACGAAGAGCAGCAGGAGCGUGCUGGGGACAAACGUGCAGAGUGAGAUCCGGAGCAGUGGGGAUAACCACGACUCUGGUCUUAACGGGACGGAAAUCAAUAACAGCAUCAACGCGAUGACGGAGAAGCAGGAGUUGCAAAUCAUGGCAGACCUGCACAACCAAUUAAGCAAAAUAAGAAAAGAGGAAGGAGAGAACGACUGCUUGAAAAAAGACCUGGAUGCCCAAGUGCCGUAUAAUUGCAACAGUGCCGCGGGGGAAUUGUCUUCCAACGUGCCUGAGGUGGACAUGAAGCCCAACGACAACGUUAGAUGUUCUUCACGUAUGGAUACAAGUAGUAGCACGGAGCUUAUGGGAGACUUGGUCAUUGCAGGUGUUGAUUCCUCCAUUAAAAUGAAUGAACAAAAGCCCAGUGAGAAACGUGGAGACCUGGAAAGUCUUUUGCAUGACACGGAUCUGGACGAAGUGAACGCGUUGGAACUCGCAGACUGCGACGGAGCAGAACAUUGCUGGCUCUACGUGUCGCCGAGAAAGUCCACUGUGGACCAGCAAAUGGCCUCGGCUUUGCACUGGUGCCGCCAGGUGCUGGAGAGUCCCAGCGCCGAGACAGAAGCCACCUGCCGGACGCUUCUCACCCGCCUCGACCAAGCCAGUAGAUGGAAAAACCUGUAUUGCAGUCCGUUGGCAUCGCCGAGCGCCCAAAAUUUGAACCCAGAGCCAGGCUCCUGUAGCAAUGCACUAAACUCUCCCGGGCACCUCAAAUCGACUAACAAAGCCCUACUAACCUGUGGCAGCUCAGGUUACCUGAGCAUGCAUUCCGCGCUGAGCUCGCAGUCGUCCGUGGACAGUGAGCUGAGUACGUCCGAUGACUCCAUCUCCAUGGGGUACAAGCUGCAGGACUUGACCGAUGUCCAGGUUAUGGCACGGCUUCAGGAAGAAA